CGCGGCAGCGAGCAGAACUGGCGGCCGGCCCGGCUCUCAUAUGGCGGAGCCGGAGCACCCUCCCCUCUCCCGCUCAAAAUUAGCGCCAAGCGGCCAAGCCAUUUGCUUCCCGCUGGGUAUUAUAGCUAACUGAAAAUAAAAUAAAAUGCCUUCAGCUCGUGAGACGCCAGGGGCAUUACGGUAACUGCGCACUAACGCUCACCCGCGCCUCCGGGUUCUGGGCUUUAGCGCUCGCUCGCCGGUCGGCCCCACCAUUCCGCGCAGUUCCGCGUGCGAGGAACAGGAACCGCUGCUGCUCUCUGCCUCCGCUCCGAUCCUGCUUGCGCUCGAGAACCGCGACGCCGACGCCCUUCCUUGACGCGUUGUUGAUCUGCGAGCUCAGGCAAGAGUGCAAGACCAACUCUGUUGGCUAGAGUAUUGCAUUUAUACAGAUCUGCAUAUUAGAGAAGAUUUUUCGUAUAUUUUGGUGAACAUGAAGAGAAAGGCGCAGUCAGGAAAAUCUCGCUCAUGGUGGUGGGACAAUCAUAUUAGUCCACAAAAUUCUAAGUGGCUCUCUAAAAAUCUAGAAGAAAUGGAGAAGCAGGUGAAACAAAUGUUGGGGCUCAUUGGCGAAGGAGAGUUUUCUGCAGAAAAAGCGGAGGUGUUCUAUGAGAAGCGGCCUUUACUUAUUACUCAUGUGGAGAACUUCUAUUGCAUGUAUCGUGCUCUUGCUGCCCGAUAUGACGAUGUAACUGGACAACUACGCAAAAACAUUCCAUCAUCUCUUCAAUCAUAUGGCUCGGUUGGUGUCUCUGAAUCAGAUUCUGAGACACAAUGUUUCACAUCUCCAGAGUUUGAUAUGCCACAGCAAAAGCAAAAGCCUGGACCAGAUUUCCUUGAUUUUUCCAUUGGCUCUGGUGUUAGCUCUGAUGUAUCAAAGAAGGGUAGUGAAAGGUCUUCAUCAUCUUCAGAUUCUGAUUCAGAGCUUGAUGAGGCCAAAGAGGAAAAUGGCAGUAUGUUUUAUGCCUUGAGCCAAAAAAAUAUUGAGCUAGAAGAUGAGCUUCAAGAAGUAAGGGGAAAACUUGAUGCUUUAGAGGAAAAACAUGCUCAUUGCCAAAGAGAUUUGAGUACCAACUCAAAAGAUACUGAACAUGAAGAAAACCUGCACACUUCAGAUGUGGAAUCCAACACCCUUCAGAAGGAUGCAGAAGAAACAGAUUUUGCUUUAGAGAGCUCAACAGAAGUCAACAGCGAAAAGGAAGCAUUGGAAGCUGUGCUGUUUGAGCGGAAAAAUGAGAUUGAAAUGCUGAAAGGUGCAAUGGCCUCAGCUGCUAAGCAGUUUGAAGUUGAAUUGGCACAUCGUGAUCUUGAAAUUGGUAAGUGCAAGCAUGAACUUGGAGUACUCUCGGAGAAGUAUUUGCAUGAUAAGUCUACUCUCGAGGAUGAGCUUAGAAGGCUCCAUGGAAUAAUCAAGAAUAUGGAAGGUGACUUAGAAAAAAUUUCACAGGAGAGAUUGCAGCUCAGGUCUCGGAUUAAAGAGCUCGAGCAGGCAGCUCACAGCUUAGACUAUUCAGCUUCCGAGAUAGUUGAGCUACAAGAAGUAAUAAGGAAUACACAAGCAGAAUUAGAAAAGGUCACAAAGGAGAAAGAAGUGCUCAAAGAACACGCUAACGAAUUUGAGCAACUUUUAAAGGGCCUUGAGGUCUCAGGUACAGAGGUUGCAAAGCUACCAGAAACUAUCAAGAACCUGGAAGCCCAGCUAGAAAGAUCCUUCGAAGAGAAAUCAGUACUCCAAGACCAGAUCAAGCAGCUGGAGCAGGUUAUGUCUGAAUCUUCGGAGAAACAUUCACAUGAGCAGUUCUCUCUUACUGCGGAUCUUUUGAAGUUAUCUGAAGUGAACGCUUCUCUUGAAGACAAAUUGUCCGAUGUGGCGGCAGAGCUUAUCCAAGUUUAUGCUGACAAGGAAGAAGAAUCUCUCGAUAAUGAGAAGCAAAUUUCUGUCCUCAGUAAAGAUAUUGCUGAUCUCAGGAGAAAGCUUGAAUUGUUGUCAUCUGAGAAAACCACAGUUGAUGAUGAGUUGGCCAAACUGCUAGCUGAUAUUAUGAUUCGUGACGAAAAGAUGAAGCAAAUGGAUGACCACCUAAAUCAGCUUCAGUUAGAGCAUGCCAAGCUGAUGGCAGAAUUUGACAGUGCACACAGGUCCUUGUCAGAGCUGCAUGCGCAGGUUUCUGAGCUGGAAGACGAGGUAGAGAAGCAGAAGCUUGUGAUAUCCGAGAGUGCAGAGGGAAAGCGGGAGGCCAUCAGGCAGCUGUGCUUCUCCAUUGAACACUACCGCAGCGGGUAUCAGCAGCUGAGGCAGCUGCUGCAAGGCCACAGGAGGCCGUUGGUGAUGGCAACCUGAUAAAUGAACAAAGUCCGUUUGCCAACAAAUUGCGCAGUUGCUUGUCUCUGGGCGUGUUCUAUUUGUAGCUCUGUUCUUUCACAACUUGUGCCGUGUAGUUUAUGUUAUAAAGAAUUCUGUGUGGUAUGUGUGUAGAAUGUAAUGGGAUGGGAUAUUUAUGUUGUUCCUUCAUACUCCUGUGGCUGUUUUCUUUUUCCUUGCUGUCCGCUGAUGAAUGUUAUGAUAUGCUUGAACCUUCGUCUUUUCAGUCACGACUUUAUGUGGUCAAUAACUGAACUGCACAAUGGAACUCCCUUUUCAAUC